UCCGAACACUGAAUGACGGUGUAUUGGUGACUGGUGUAUAAUAUCUAUACAUUUUAUAUCUUUUUACGUUCAUGCAAAUCGCGGAUAAAGCAGACGUGCCGCUCCCUUCACCCAGUAAAAUUUUACCACUGAAACGCAUACUGUACCAAAAUUGUCAACACACCAUAAAAAAUAUUUUCAAUUAAAACUAAAAGCGACUUUCACCGGAAACAUUAAUAAUCUGAUUAGACGAAUCAAGGGUUGUGGAAUCAUCCCGCAUAUCAGUGAUUGAUCUCACAAUGCAUCCGUGUGCAUGGUCAGUAUCAGAUAUAUCUGUGUGAUGUACCGAGUGGUUGAUUUAAGUGACAAAGAAGCGUCGGCUCCCACUCGAAACUAUUAUCCCAAUCGAGAUUACGUUGGGCCGGGAACUAGCCACUUGAUUUAGUUGCCGCAGGGACACCAAAGCGGUAAAUACGGAGUCGCAAAUCCUGCUUCGCAUCAUUUAUCGCCAGGAUUUCGAUUUAAAAAUGGUGCAGCAAGAUUUGACUUAGAUUGAUUGAAGAGGGACAUACACAAGGGUGAUGGUCCAGCGAUGGCUCAGGGAAGCUCAUUGGUGUGAGUUCCGAGCGAGCUAAGAACAUUGAGUGAGUCAGGUGCAGUGUUGUGUAGUGUCUAGUCAUAGUGCGAGUGUGUGAGUGUUGUCCGACCCGGAAUGCCCUCCGCGAUGUUGUCCGCCGUGCUCGAAGAGGAGCCAGAUUUGUAUGAGGCAUUCCCCCCACAUGUUGACCCAACCGGUAUAACCAUCCUGACUGAUAGUCCACCAGGCAAGAAGGCGCCCCUCAAGACCUACGAGGAGGUGCAGCCGCUCCUCCAGCAGAGCCGCAAGCGCGACCUCAAGCUUGUCAUCCGCGAGAAUUCGUGGCCCAUCAAUAGCCCCGUGCGCGCAGCGCUUUGGCCUGCGCUCUGCCGCCAGCAUCAGCAUGGGAAGUCCAUGCUCGACGGCUUCUACUGGGACAUGGUCACGCAGGUGUUCGGUACAGUGGAGUUGCCGGACAAGCCGAUCAUGCUGCCACCGUUUGUGGAGGCGACGCACUGUCUCGGCUACCACCUGACCCGCAAGGGGCGUGCGGUCGCGGACCGCGUCGUCUCCGUGCUGGGCUACGCCUGCCCCGACAUCACUUAUAGUCCCAGCCUGUACCCCAUCACUGCGGCAUUGCUUCAUUUUAUGCCUGAGGAAGAGUGCUACCACUGCAUGGCGAGCCUGGUGGCGUCCAAAGAGAAGAUGUUCAUCACCCAGACUAAGCUGCACAACGAAGUUACCUGGAAGACGGUUAUGCAGAUCGCCAAGAAACAUGCCAAGUCGGCCGCGCAGCAGCUGUCGCGGCUGUCGGGCGCCAUCGGGCCGGAGCGCAUUUACGCUGACUGGCAGUGGUGGAUCCUCGCCGCGCUGCCCUUCCCCCACCUCGUGCGUGUCCUCGACUGCUUCUUUAAUGAGGGCAUUAAGGUGUUCUACAGAGUAGCGCUGGCUAUACUCAUCCUGUUCCAUAAGCACUGCGCCAACACGAGCUCGGAGUGGUACGCUGAAGCCAGCAAGAGCGGCGUCGACCACGCCAUCGACAAGUUCUGCCGCAACAUGCCCGCCUCACCCACAAAGCUACUCCGCACCGCUUUUAGCAUACGGGCAUUGAGUUCACAGUACAUAUCACGGGUGUUCAUAAAGACGGAGAUGACGCUCAAGUCUAAGCAAGUGAUAACGGGCUCGCGGCUGGUGCGGUCGCGCUCCUCCGACAACCUGCCCACCAGCCAGUCGCAGGUCAACAUACAGAUGAUGUCCCACACCCUCACUAUACGAGAGAGCCCCCGCUCCUCCCACCUGGCCCUGUGGUUCCCAUUCCCUAACGCGGUGUUCAAGGACCAGCGCCAGCACUCGUCAGACCUCAGGCAGAAGCUGUUUACUCUAUGGUCGUGGCUGCCGGUGAGGAUCACGAUGUACCAGCCGGUACUACUGUAUACUACGGAAGAGCACGGCUGCUCGUUGACCACCUUCUACGUUCGUGUUGAACAUCACGAACCGACGUUGCUUAUGAUAAAGACUUGCAAUAACGAAGUGUUUGGUGCGUAUUGCUCGACGCGGUGGUUCGAACGCAACCAGAAGGACGAGCGCGGCAACCGGCAGGCGUACUUCGGUACCGGAGAGACAUUCCUCUUCAGCCUUUACCCGGAGCGCGCCAAGUACCCGUGGGUGGGGUGCUCCGCCAGCGCGGCGGCCGCGGAGGGCAAGGGCGAGGAGCACCGCGUGGCGCACGGCUCCGAGCUCUUCAUGGCCGCGGACUCCAAGAUGAUCACCAUCGGCGGCGGCGACGGGCAGGCGAUCUGGAUGGACGAGAACAUAAGGUUCGGAAAGACUGACCGCUGCUCCACCUUCAACAACCCGCCGCUCUGCCCCAGCGGGGACUUCGAGAUACGAGUCCUCGAGGUGUACGGCUUCUCGGGGGCGUAGGCCUAGGGGCAAGGCCUCAGGGGGCGCAGCCCUCCACCUCGCUCACCCACGGAGAGCAAUCUCGUUUAUUGUAGUGUUGUUGUUCCCCAGUCACGUCUUUUCCUACGUCUUAUCGUACGAUUCUAUUCGAUUAUCCACUCAAUCGGACGAUCAAUUCGAUUUACGAUUAUUCGAUGUGUUGAUUACUCGAUUUGUAUGUUAUAUUGUAUCGAUAUUCGUCAAUCGGAUUGGUUUUCAUCUAAUUUGUUAAUGGUCCUAUUUAAUGGUCUGCAUGAAAUGCUAUUUGCAAUAUUUAUACCUAAAAACUUGUGUUUUUCGCUGACAAUAAUUAUUUUUGAUGUCAUUUUAAUGUUGCAAAUAAAAUAAUGAGAUGGUCGGAUAGAUUUCAUACAAGUUUUCUCGGAUCUCUCGAUUUCUAAUCGAACAAAAUCUUCGCGAUCGUGAAGUUUUAUUUUGAAAUAUGAAUAUUAUUUCGUCUGUUAUAAUUGUGUUUUAGUAUUCGUAUGAAUAUUUUAGUGAUCCAUCGCGAAAUACUUGACAAAUUAUAAUCCGUUGCCCCCUAGCCGUGCUAACUAGUUACCCUUAACCUGUAGCCAUUAUCAACGCAGUCCGUUCAAGACAACGAAAACGGGGACUUAGGUUGUUUCUAAUAUAUUUAUAUAUUUAAUCGUGUUUAGUGUUUCGUGUAAGUACAAAAUAGAUGUCGUGCCUACUCGGAGUUAAUACGCUUAAAAUAAAGCAAUAUUUGUAUAAUGUGUCCUUGAGACGUGCGUCGAUGUGAACAUUCCAGUGAUUUCCAGCCUUAAGGUACCAUCGGCCAAAGUGAACACAUUCAUCGGUGGAAUUAAAACCUUAAUACGUCAGACGUAACGUUCAUAAUAUAUUGGCAACAGUAUUCAAUGUUUGAGCAUCCUUGUCGCUUUAAGGCUUGUCUAUUUCGAACAGAUAUUCGAUUGUCUUUGCUCACAAAUAUGUACCAAAGAUGUUAUUCGUAAGGGGCUUUGGUCCGUUUCAAACUGUCCAUAGACAUUUUCUUAUUUUUUUCCAAAUUGUACGUAUGUUGCAAACACGCACAUUAGAUCUUUACGAAAUGAUCUAAUUUAAAGAGGCUUCUAUCACGAUGUAUGAAAAGAAAUAAUUAAACUAGUGUUUUGAUACAUUUUGUUAUUUAAAAAGAUACAGAUUAAAAAAAUGUCUAUGGUAAUUGAAACGGGCGUUUACGUGGGGUUACUAAGAAAGUGAGUAUUGCCACGUUAAAAAUUUAAAUUUCCUACAAUAUCAGGUAAAAUGGCUUCAAUUAAAUAUUCUUGUAACCCUAUAAAUAUAGCGUUGUGUUGCCAGACCACGCGUCGCAUAGUAUUAUUUACACAUAUUUGGACGAUAAUGUGCCAAAAAUGGACCAUUUCAAAAAUAUAUACAAAUUGGAUGGGUUUUGGCUAUCGUAAAGUAUUGUUGGAAUUUCGCUUUUACUAUUUAUACGAUAAGUAUUUACAGUUUUCUCUCGUAUUGUAUGACGAAACUUGAAGUGGAUAUAUUAAAAUUCAAAGUAAAUUAUGCUCUAACGUUAAGAUUUGAUAUAAGAAUAGCAAUGCAAUUAACUGUUCAAUGUCACAAGUUAUACAAUAUACAUAUCCCUGCCAGUACAAAUGGGGUUCACUGCGCGUUCGUAUCACUCGCGGGCUAGUUCUGUCUACGCUUCUUUUUGUAAAUAUUAUUUCUCUUGUUCCCUUUUAUUCUGCACAUUGCACUGUCUUACUAUCUGCAAAAAAACUUUUGUUUAAAAAAUAUACAAUCUGCUACAAAUAGGUAGUUAAAAUGUUCUAAGGGAUUUUGAGACACCCUAUAUAAGUUUCGAGAAAAUCUAUUUUUGUCAUAGAUUUUGUUCUCUUACUAGAAGUAGGACAGUGGUAAUGUGCAGACAAGCGUAGCUAACAGCUGUCGUGUCGACAAAUUAUCAGAAGCCUAAGAUUUGUUUUUAAAUUCAGAUAAUUUAUGUAAUUUAUUGAGUAGGUAUCAAGUAUGUUUUGUAGUGUAUAUAGUUCUCUGCGGGACGGUGGCGAAUGUCACAUGUUACGUUUUAAGGAUGCUAUAUUAUUUGUUCGCUCAGUUAUUUGAGUGCACUGGCAACACUCUUCAGACGAUGUAGGGAUAUUUAUAGUAAAAAGAAAAAUAAAAGUUUGGCCAGUAUGAAAAUACGACAUACGUUAUGAAGUAAUAAAAGAAUGAACUGGCUACACUGGAAUCGUCUGGGCCGGUGUUGCCAGUGGCGGCGCGCGUCGCUUUAUAUUUAAGUUAUAUGUCGCCUCCCGCAGAGCGGCGUCACUCGCGAUUUGUUGCUGUUAGCCAUUUUGUCGUUGAUCAGUGUAAAGUCUAGUCUUUAUUCUGUUUUUAUUCUUUAACGAUAUAAUAUUCUAAAUAUUUACGAAUUGAUAUUUAAAUUGUGCGAUUCGGCCCCGUCGAGGGCAAGUAGGCUCGUGGUUAGUUAGUUUAUAAGUACAUUUAAUGUAAAAUAUACAGUUAUUAAUCUCUGUUCUCCCUUUCAGUAUUUGUGGUGUACGUUUUUUUUUAUUGUGAUGAGUAAAUGUGUAGAGUGCGAGGCCAAGAUGGCCGCCGUGCGAUCGUUGUUACGAUGUACUGUUACAUUCGAAUAGUUUUAGUCCGUUGCACUCGCGACGGUACGAAACUCGUUUAUGGUAAUGUAAAUGUUGCUUUAUAAUGUCUACAAAAUAUAUAAUCCCAUAUAAA